AUGAUUCAAACCUCAGAUGGGACACGUCUUACAGAUGAGGACGCAGAUAUGUGUCCCAUUUGUAAAACUGAUAAAUACUUGAGCCCCAAUAUGAAAUUUCUUAUAAAUCCAGAAUGUUAUCAUAAAAUAUGUGAAUCAUGUGUUGAUAGAAUCUUUAGUUUAGGUCCAGCUCCUUGUCCUUAUCCGAAAUGCGGUAAAAUAUUAAGAAAAAACAAGUUUAAACAACAAGUAUUUGAUGAUUUAAAAAUUGAAAAAGAAGUUGAUAUAAGGAGAAGAGUAGCGCAGGUAUACAAUAAAACAGAAGAAGAUUUUGAAAACCUCAAGGAGUAUAACAAGUAUUUGGAAAAUGUAGAAGAGAUAAUCUUUAAUCUCAAUAAUGGUAUAAAUUCAGAAGAAACAGAAGCAGAAUUAAAUAAAUAUGAACAAGAUCAUAAAAUUGAAAUUCUUGAAAAGAAUAUGAGAGAAUCUCAAAAGAAUUCAGAUUUAGUUAAAUAUCAAGAAUCAAUGGAAAGAUUAAAACAAGAAAAACUUAAAAUCCAAAAACAAAUGGAGGUUGAAGAUGUUGAAUAUCAAAAACAACAACAACAAGAAUUAUUAGAUAAAAUGACAAAUUCAAGUAUGAAUAGUGAAGAAUUAAUAAAACAACAACAAAAUCAAAUGUUGAAAAGAAGUUCAUUAAGAAGGAAACAAUUACAAGCGAUAAAUAAUCAAUUGGAUCAAAAUUUCAAUCAACAAUUUUCUGGUGAAGUUAAAGAAGAAAUUAUUGUACCGUUUACUCCAUUCCAAGGUGAUCGAGAUUUAAAUAAAAAUUAUAAAUUAUUACCUAUACCCAAUACAAUUGAUGAAUUAUAUCAUAUUGAAGAUAAUAUAAAAGAUAGUUAUUUUGAUCCCUUUGUAAAUAAUUUGGCAAAGAACAAAGAAUAUCUUGGUGGUGGUUGGAGAAUUAA